AUGGCCGCCAAGGGCAGCAAGAAGAGGGAGCUCGGCAGCCGUACCAGCUCCACCGUGCAGGGCGUCACCAUCAAAGAGGCAACUGUGUCUUCCCAUGUAAGUGCUUCCAAUGAGAGGUGGAGAUUUCCUGUUUGGCCAGAAUGGAAUGAAGUAGAUAUCAAUGCAGAAAAAUGGGAUGCUGGAAAACCUGGAAAAGAGAAAGAUAAACAAGGGAAAAGUCCUGUCUCUCAUCUCUUUGAGGAUCCUGAAGGCAAAUUAGAGUUGCCAGCAUCCUUAAAAGUGCAUUCAUGGAAACGUCCACAUGAGUUUUUAACAAAUAAGAUUCCUGUGGUUGUCAAAAAUGAAAAUUCAUUUGACCUUUUUUCAGCAAAUGAACAUAUAUUUUGUAGUGAGCUGAUGAGAUGGAUUAUAAGUGAAAUUUAUGCUGUCUGGAGAAUAUAUAAUGAAAAUGCCUUAACUAAGGAAACAUCCAAACUUUUUUGGAAACCAUGGGAACACAUUUAUGCCUUAUGUAAAGCUACCAAGGGACACAUGCCACUGUACAAUAGCCAUGGAAAAUACAUAGUGAAACUUUAUUGGAUGGGAUGCUGGAGAAAGAUCACUGUGGAUGACACUAUGCCUUUCAAUGAAGAGGAUAAUUUAUUACUACCAAGUACAACCUGUCAAACUGAACUUUGGCCUAUGUUGCUGUCCAAAGCUAUCAUUAAACUGGCAAAUACUAGUAUAUGUGAAACUGCAAAAAGGGAGCUGGAGGAAUUUACAGUUUUACAUACACUGACUGGAUGGAUACCAGAAGUUAUUCCUAUCCAGCCUGGAUACUUGGACAAAGUCUGGGGUUUUUUGAAAGAGAUUGUGCCAGAAUUCAAGUUGCCAAAUAAGAAAACUCCAGAACUUGAUAUUCCCCCGUCUGAUGCAAAACCUAAAGAGACCGAAGUCUCAGAGUUAAAAAGUGAAGUUUCAUCUGUGAAUAAGCAGUCAGAUAAACCUGAAAGAGCAGAGAAUGCUGAUAAAAUCGGCAAAGAUAAAGCAGAGCAGAGAGAACUAGGAAAGAAGAAAACCAGAGAAAAAGAAAAAAGCAAGUUAGCAGCUCAGCCUUCACAAAUAUCAGAAACCCAAUGUUCUCUUCAGGUCUUAUCUGAAAAACCUUCUGUGCUAACCAAGCCAGAAGUGGCCGUGUAUGCCAGCUGUAUACCACUAUAUUUGUUUGAAGAGGAUAUGUUUUCAUUACGUCAGAUGGCUGAUUCUUCAGAGAAGCUGAGGCAAUAUGGGCUUUCCCACAUACACAGCCAUCCUGUCCUGAUUACUAGAACUAGAUCCUGUUCUCUGGUAAAACCACCACAACCACCACCGGUUCCUCGUUGGAAGCUUUUGCGUCAGAAAAAGAAAACUGUUGUGACAUCUGAACCUCAAGAGCCUGUGGUAGAGAAACCUGAAGAAUACGUUGAGAUUGCUAGCCUAUUUUUGAAUUACAAGUUGAAUCUUAUCACAAUACCCACAAACAACCACUUUCCACAGUCUACCAUCAAAAAAGGAUUUCGUUCCCUGUCCCGUCUCCCUUCUGUUACUGAAAGUGAUGAAAAUGUAAAUGACAGUAAUGUGGAUGUGAAUCAAAGUGGGCGAUACUCAAAUGCAGAAGAUCAUUCUCAGGAGACCACUGUCUUUUGGCAGCAAAACGCAGAGACAUCCAGUAAAGAAGAAUUACAAGAGGAUAUCAGUUUUGAUGCAAAACGAAUGUCAGAAAUAGCUGAUACUGUUACGAACAGCCAGACAGGGGAUAAAUCAAAGGAAGAAAUAGAGUCAGAAAGGACUUCUGUUUCCAGGGAAACCUGGAUUAGCUUUGAAGACUUCUGUGUUUGUUUCCAGAACUUGUAUGUUUUCCACAAGCCACAUACAUAUGCUUAUAAUUAUCAGAAGACUGAUAUUAAGUCUACUGAUGACCAAAUCUUCUAUUACCUACAUGUGGACAGUCUGACGCCCAUUGAAAUCCUGGUUAGCUUUUCUGCAUUAGUACACUGGGAUGAUACUGGAGGUACAAAAGGAGAAUAUUCUGGUAUUUCAAAGGGUGUGCUGAUGGCUGAACGUUUCUCUUGGAAAUGUGUGACUCCUGGAGAAUUUGUGUUAAAGAUGCAUACGUCUGCAACCAAAGCUACUGUGUUAAAUCUUCCAGCUGGGAGACACCUAUUGCUCUUCACAGUAAGUUCUCCCAUAGGGCAUGAUAUUCAUCUUUGUAGCAUGGUGCCAUGUGUCUUUGGAGAAGAGGAUACUGUUAUACCAGGUCUUGAACAGGAGAGCUUCCGGUUUAUAGAACAAGCUACAGCUAUCCUGAAAGCUGUUGGAAAUGUCAUAAAUAAUUUCAACAGUGAGCUUGAACUUUCUAAAGCCUUGAAAGAACUGGAACUAGCUCACUGUCCUCCUGGCCUUCAUGGAGCUGGACUGCUUGAAGAACAUUUCAAGGUUUUCAAUAGAGCAUUUUGGUAUUUGACCAAAUAUGUAUCAGGCGAGAAGGAUCCUUACAACUAUAAAUUUGCCUUCAGGUCCUUAACUUUGCAUUUUAAAGAUAUUGAGGUUUCUGAGGAAGACACCGUGUUUUCAGAAAGUUUUGAGAAGAAUUCCCUUAGUAGCUGGCAGAAUCGAACCCCCACUUCUGAAGAAGAAGCAGCAGCUCUUAAAAUUCAAGCCUUCUGGAGAGGGGACUAUGUGAGGAAAGUACUGAGGAGCAGAAAACCAGGUACUAAAGAAAACAUUAUUGUCAAAGAAACCUUGCAAAAAUUGUGGACUGCAAUUGAGUUAAAUUUUGAACAGUGUGCUGUAAUACUCUUAAGAGAAAUGUUUAAAAGAAAUUGUAAGUCUAUUGAAAAGUUUCCUUGUUAUGAAGAUGAAUGGUGUAAAAUGUCUUUUGCUGACUAUGCUGUGACAUAUGCUGAUCAGCCACCAAAUACGUGGUUUGUGGUUUUUAGAGAAAUAUUUUUUUUCCCGGAAGACCUGCUUGUAGUGCCAAGGGUGCAUACCACUAUCCCUUCCUGUAUACUUCAUGUUGUUGAUAAUGACACAUUGGAGGAAAUACCACAUGUCUUUUCCAAAGUGGUACCUCAUGUUUAUCCCAAAAAUAAGAAAGGUUAUACAUUUAUGGCUGAAGCACGCACUGAUGACAUUCCUGUGACAGCUGGAAGAUGGAGGCUCCGGCUCAUUGGUUCUUGUAGUCCACUACCAGUUCUUGCUCGUGAGGCUGUAUAUAAUGUCUAUUCUACUAAAGAAAUUAAGGAGUAUUACAUACCCAAUGACAAGAAUGUAAUGUUUAGGUAUUCUGUAAAAGUCACAGCAUCACAUGUUGCUACAGUGCAGGUACAAACCUCUAAAUCAGAUGUGUUCAUUAAACUACAAGUCCUACAUAAUGAGGAAGAAAUUGUGAAUGUCACUGGAAAGGGCCAUGCACUGAUUCCUGCUUUUAAUUUCUUGAGUAAUGAAAAGCUUUUGAGUUCCCACUCAAGCAAAACUAUUAUUCAAAGUAGUACAAAGAAGGAAUCAGAAACUGGAGGAACCAAAAAAAAAGCUCGUAUGUCAUUUUCAAAGGACACCAAAUCUUCUUUCAAGCCAGGACUUGUACAAGAAUGUCCACCUAUAUUAGAAGAUGAAUCUUUACUCUUGGAAAACUUUCAAAAGAGUGAUAUAAGUCCACAACAACCUCACAAGUAUAUCAUACAAGCGUUUGUGUUGUAUAACAGUUGGCCACUUACUGAGAGUCAGUCUCUGUUUGUUCAGGGACUGAAAGAAAUGGAGAAAAAUGAAAUCAAAGUACAUGGAGUGAAGCACAACAAGCACAACUUUUCCGCAAUGCCCAAUCAUUCUGAAAGACGAAAGUCUGCAAGUAUUCCUAAACCAACGAGAAAAUCAAAAGAUAAAGCAUCUGAGAAGACAGAAAAAGAGAAGUCCAAUAAAGAAAGUGGAUCAUUUGUACCGUUUGCAGCUCGACUUGAAUCUCAGCAAGCUCCUUCAGACAAGCCAUACUGGACUUUACGUCUAGUGAGUGAACAGAGAGAGGCAGACACUCUGGAGGUGAAGAAAGACACCCAGCGAGUAGAUGAGAUCAAAGCCAUGAAACAAGCAUGGGAGUCUGCAGAGCCAGGAAGAGCUAUCAAGGCUUUUCAGGAACGCAUGCGAUUUAUUAAUAAGUAUGCUGUAAGAGUUUCAGAGGAGCCCAUAGCUGGGACUGAGACCGCUAGUGUAACACCUAGUUCAGAAGAAAGAGAUUCUCUUACCACAGGAAAGAAAGCAACACAAGUGGAUAUUGACUCAAGCUUACAAACACAGCAAAAAAAAUGGGAGCCUAUAGACCUUAGUCCUUACAUGAGAAAAACAAUGUCUGAGUCUGUGCUAAGAAAUGAGUCUAUCAUUCAACAGCAAAAGAUAUGUCAAGCAGAAAAAAUCAACCAUUUUAGGAAACUUCGAGAGUUGGCUUUGGAACAAAGAAAAAAAGAACAAAAUGCCAGAGCUUUAUUGAAGCAAAAUGUACUUGGAAUGUAUGAGAAACUGCAGGCAUCCUUAAAUGAAUCACGAGAACAUAUUCACAGCAUUCGGGAAGCUUACAGAUGUAAGUUGCUAGAGGAAGAACAGAGGAAACAAGAAGAGAUGGCAGCUCAAGAAGCAGCCCUGCAAGCAGAGCAAGAGAAGUCAAACGCACAAAAGAAAAAGCAUGGAAAAGGCUUUGGGAAAAAAAAGUAAUUGCUUGCACUAUUUAAUUGCCUUUAAAAGUUUGGAAAUAAAGUUUACAUGCAAAAUUGGGAAAGAAUGUUUGUUAUUGUCCACUAUUUUUGUCAACUAGAUCACAUUUUAUCUCUGCUUGUUGCUAGUGAAAAAAAUAAUCUAGUGUUUUUCUUUUUAGCAAACUGUUUAGUAUUUUGCUUCUCGUAAAGGUACU